AUUUGAACAGUGAAAAGCGGGCUCUGUAACAUUUAAGUGGGAAACAAAGGGAGCGGGACCGCUUCGCUAGUCGUUGCUCUAGCGCACUAGAAAGCUGCUAACGUCGAACAUUUAUCUCAGGGGAAUCGUGGCUGUCAUUUAAGGGUUCAACAUGUCCCACAAACAGAUCUACUACUCUGAUAAGUAUGACGAUGACAAAUAUGAAUAUAGACAUGUAAUGUUGCCCAAGGAUAUUGCAAAGCGUGUGCCAAAGACCCAUUUGAUGUCAGAGUCCGAAUGGAGGAACCUAGGGGUCCAGCAAAGUCAAGGAUGGGUGCACUACAUGAUCCACCAGCCAGAGCCGCACAUCUUGCUCUUCAGGCGCCCCCUGCCCAACACGAAGUAAAACAAUCCAAAUGCACACAUAACUCCAUGCAGGAUCUGCCUACAAGACUUAAGUGCCACACAUCAACUCACUUGAAAAGUAGCCGACACGCUGUUGGAUUACAAAGCUCUUCUUGCGUGAUGUGCGACCUGGAAUUUUUGGGGACCAAGAGGAAAAAAAGAACUGUUAGUAAUUGUGAUUGUGGAAGGAACAUUACACCGGGGGUAUGAAGAGAAGGAAAAGGAAGGAGGGGGGGAAGAAAAAAAAAAAAAGACUUCUGCACUGCUGUGCUGUUGACAGGAAAUCACCUCAUCUUGUGCUCAACCUCCCUGCAUGUUCUCAGUGCUAAGAUGUAGGAUGUUGCUCAAAAAAUGGUAUUGUAAGUCCAUGUAACAUCAAAGUGCAGCUUUGAGUGACAUGUUGCUGCUGGGUAGAAAUGCCAUUUUGUAAGUGAACACAAAUGACAUUUUACCAUUUAUUUGUCAUGCGCAUGACAAGCUGCAUUUGUUUGUAAUUAAAGGUGACCCCCAAAAAAAAGAGCAUGCUGUAGGACUGAGUCGUAUCAAAUCUGUUGGUGAGUUGAGCAGUAUUUAUGAAUGUUGCCCUUUACGUAAUAAAUGUGAAACCUUUUUAAAUAAAAAUAAAAAAAAAAUUGGACUUUUG